ACGUAAUGUAUAAAUAUGAGUCUGCAAAAUAAACUAGACAAAAUAAAUACGUGGUUCAAGAUGUACUUUGCUUAUUUCUAAAACUAGUGAUUUUUGUUAAACUCAUGAUAAUUAAAGUCUAGAAUUAGAGUUAAAAUUGCGAAUCUUAAGAAUUGAAUAGUAUUUGCAAUAAAAGUAUCUUGAUUCAAGAAUGUAAUAUAGGAUAAAUUCGGAAAUUUUAAUUUAUAACUAACGAAAUAUUUUACUUAUCGAAUAUCUUUAUGAAAAUUCGCAACGAUUAAAUGCGAUUGAUAUUAGUUAUGCAUACGAUUCCUAGAAAUAAUUGGAUUAAAUCAUAUACUUUUAUUUAUUACAAUACAAAUUUUAGAAUGUAAUUUUAAAUCUCACAGGGUUUACAUGAACUUUUUUACGAAGAUUAAUAUUUUUGUUAAUUUUAGAUGCAAAGUAUGUUAUAAUAAACAAUACCAUUUAUUAUUCUAUAUGUAAAUAAUAAUUAAGCAAGAAUAUUCAAUAGGUCAGAAUGUUAGUAUUGUAUUAUAAUAUAAUUGUUAAUGGCUGCUGUGUGCGGUUCUUGUGUGCCUGUAUAUAAUCGACGUCGGAUGAUAAACCAAACAUUAUUAACUGUAAUGUUGACAGUGAUGUGUCAAAAUUUCGUAUUUAUUUCCAAUAACUGAUAAAUCUAUAUUCACGAAAAUAUUACAAUAGUGAGGGUUAAUUAAGAGAUAAAAUGCUGCAUCUUUCGCUGGCGUAAAACGAAAUAUGUAUGUAUUUUCAAUAUCGAUCUCUGUUAUAAGAAUAAGCAAAGCAGAAUUAACAUAUAUUUUAUAAAAAUAUAAAAUGAAAAAAUGGCAGAUAUUUUAACUCCAUUUGUCUAUUGGGCUCAAACAGAGCAACAAAUUACUUUAAAGGUAGACUUGACUGAUACUUGGCGUGUUAAAGUUUCUAUGAAUGAGAACAAAUUAAAGGUUACUGUUUAUGGUCAAGGUGCUAGAGGUCUUAAUAAGUAUGGAUUUAGCUUGGAUUUACAUUCGUCUAUUAAUGUUGAGGAAAGUAAUUACAAAGUAACAGCUCGACAAGUUGAUUUUACGCUGGGAAAAAAAUGCCCUGCUUGGUGGCCAAGAUUAACUAGUCAACCACAGAAGCCAUCUUGGUUGAAAAUUGAUUUUGAUAAAUGGACAAGCGAAGAUUUAGAUGAAAAUGAAGAUGAAAGACGAGACGUAUGCAGUGAUUAUCCCGACAUGUAUGACAAACUUCAUAAAGAAGAGUUUGGUUAUAGGAAAGAGGAUUUCAAAAAGGUGUAUUUAAUUAUUUACAAUCUUUGCCAAUUUGUUGGUUUUAUCUAUAUUCUUACUGUAAUGGGAAUUAUGUAUUCACGAGAUGGGCCAGCUUCUAUGACAGAAACAUACACAGCUGUUGGAAAUGCAAUAAAGUUUAUACAACUUACACAAUUUUUAGAAGUUAUACAUUCAUUAUUUGGUUACACUAAAAGUAGUACACUUGUAACAUUUGUACAAGUAGGAGGCAGAGCUUUUAUUUUAUUUACUAUGAUUGAGCCUGAACCACGAAUACAAACAAAACCGGUUAUUUUUUAUCUGUUUCUUGUGUGGAGUACGGUAGAAAUAUUUAGAUAUCCUUAUUAUAUUACACAAUUAUUUAAGAUAGAAAUUUCAUUUUUGACGUGGCUAAGAUAUACAAUAUGGAUGCCCUUAUAUCCAUUAGGUUUUCUUUGUGAAGGAAUUAUAAUAUUAAAAAAUAUUCCACAUUUUGAGGAAACACAAAAAUUUACUAUUUCUUUACCAAAUUCUUGGAAUUUUGCAUUUCAUUUUCCAUCAUUUUUAAAGAUAUAUUUAUUGAUAUUUUGUUUACCCUUUAUGUACAUGCUGAUGUCUCGUAUGAAUCAGGCACGUUAUAAAAAAUUAGGCAAAUCUAAACUAAGAAAAAAGUAUGCAUGAUGUAAUACAUGACAAGAUCAAGAAAUUAAAAUACUAGAAAAUUUAAUUGAUGGUUCAAUUAUUGAAGGUAUAAUUUAUCCUAGAAUUAAAAUGAAAUGAAUAAAAAAAAGUGAACCUUUAUUGUAAAUAUAUUUAUUUUAAACAUAUGAUUAUUAUAUUGAAGAGAUUUUAAAUAUGCAAUGUUUAAAAAACAUUUUAAUCUCUCUAUAUUUAUAAACAUCUACAAUAUAAGUAGAUUAAUUGUACGUAUACAUAUGAUUUUAUAAUAUAAAUAAAUGAAUUAUUACUAAACAAGGUUAUUUUUACCACCUAAUAUGUACUGAUGAACAUUGUAAGUUAAGUUUUGCCUGGAAUAAGAACCAGAGUUUGGGAAAAUCAAGUUUAUAUUAAAAUCAUUAGUGAAAAAAAAAUAUUUUCUGUAAUUUUAUCAUAUUUGUCAUAUUUGUUUUAUUUCGAUAUAAUUCUUUUAUAUAAACUUAUGUUUUAAUAUUUGUAAUCUUAUAUGAAAGAUAAUAUGAAUGGAUACUACAAAUCUCUUCAAUUCAUAAAUUAAAGUAAUACACACAUGUAUACAAUGUAUAUAAUUAUUAUAUUCAUGUAUCAAUAUAUGUAUAAUAUAAAUAAGUG